AUGGCAACCGAAGCCCCUCUCGAAAACGCAUCCCCCUCCACCAUCGCCACCGCCGCGGCCGCAAUCCCGUCCAUCACCACCACCGGCUCCACCAUCCCCAUCGCAAACCUCAACCUCUACUCGCCGCCCAUCCCCGAGCACAUCCGCCCGUCCACCGUGCCGACGACCAUCUACCGCUUCCCGACCAUGGAGCCGCUGCGCUUCCUCUCCUACCCGUCGUCGCACCUGCUGCUGCCGCUGCGGCGCGACAUCCUGCACCGGGCCGUCGUCUACGAGGGGGACGCGACGCGGCAGGGGACGGCGUCGGUGAAAUGGCGCGACGACGUGCACGGCAGCGGGCGCAAGAUCCGGCCGCAGAAGGGCAGCGGCCGCGCGCGUCUGGGCGACCGCAAGAGCCCCAUGCUGCGCGGCGGCGGCGUCGCCCACGGCCCGCACCCCCGCGACUUCGCGACCGCCCUGCCCCGCAAGAUCUACGACCUCGCGUGGCGCACCGCGCUGUCGUACCGCUACCGUCGCGGCGAGCUGAUCGUCGUCGAGGACGGCGCAGAGAUUCCUGAGCCCACGGCCAAGUAUCUCGCUGGCGUGUUCGAGCUUAAUGGCUGGGGCAACAAGAAUGGCAGGAGCUUGGUUGUGACGCAGGAGCCGAGGAAGAACUUGUGGGCGGCGAUUGAGAAUGCGGGACGGCACGGUGUGGUGAAGACGUGGAUGGAGGUGGAUGUCAAGAAUCUGCUGGAGUUGGGCAGGCUGAUUGUGGAGAAGAGCGCAUUGGAUCUGAUCCUCGAGCAUCACCAGACUGACCUUCAGAGGCCGAAGACUGGUAUCCUGAAGGCAUGA